AUGUCUUCUUCAUCUAGCCAGUCAACAAUGCCUGCUUCCGUGCCUCUACAGAGAGUCGGCGAUACGGUCACCCAUGGAGCCGUUGGACUUGCUACCAAGGCUGACCUUGACGAGGUCAAGACGAGCAUCGAUCAGAUCAAGGCCGAGCAACAAGUGAUAAAGUCCUUGCUCAUGCAGCUACUGCAGGACCGCACGCCUGCGCAACAUGCUGCACCAGAUCGCGGAACUCCAACGGUCCCUACGGGUGGUCUCAAAUUUGUCACACCUCAAAGCGAUGUGGAAAAUGCGCAUGUGGCGCCUGUAGCCGCCGUAUCUGAAGAGCAAGACCCAUCGGCAACUAAUGAGAGCUCUCUCCCAAACGCAUCUACACCGUCAACACGGCCAGCGGAACUAAGCGCGCGUACGCUUAACGAAGAGACGGCCUCGGCCCAGCGCGCUGCCCAAGCUGAAGAAGACACACUGUCGGAUGAAGAGUUGAGGGAACUUCGGCCGCUUCGUCAGCAAUCGACACGUCUUCUCUGCAUCAAUGAAGACUUUCGUUUCAAGACUCUAGUUGGCCUGUACUGCGCUCUCAAAUCGAGGAACCCAGUUCAAUCGUCACUCCGGACCCGCCUCCCCGAAAGCGAGCUGAUCCAUAUGGCGCGCCAUGCAGAAUUCGACAUUCUUCGAGCCAUAGAUCGAAGGGUCAUAAGGAGGCAAUUGGCUUCGGUCCCAUCGCUCAUACUCAAUGAGUACUCAACUGGUCGGCAGAAGAUGUGGAGCAGCUUCAAGUAUAGCAGCAACUUCUCCAAGCUGAUCCAUAGAUAUCAGCGGUCUGUGCGUGAGGCCUUGAGGCAGGGUAGACGAGUCAACCGGUCGCAGUCUCCUCAGCAGAUAGGAGCUUUCGUCACCGUUCCUCGUGGCCGUGCUGGAUACCGCUAUCGAUCGGCGUCGAGGUCUGCGAACGAUGACCGUGGCGGCAAUGCACCGGUGACUGGUAUGGAUCAGGGCGUUAACCAGCCGGCGACAAGCAACAGUGACUUCUCCUUCCCGAGCGCUCCUACACGGAUCUUCUCCUCGAAAGCACUUGAUACGCUGGUGGCGUACAGCGACAUGCUCAUGGACGCCGAUCUGGCCAUCCUCAAAGAGCCCACGUCGGCUAAGCCAUACCACAUCAAACUCGCCAAUGAACUUCGCAGCGGUACUCUCGUCGAAUUUUACGACAAGCUGGUGGAGGCCAACACCUUGGUAUCCUACCUCAAGCACGACGAAGCCAUUCAGCAUGCACUCGUUGAGGUCUACCAGAGCAUGGGCACAGCGCCGUUCUGGAACGACUUUAUACCGCUCGAUAGCCAGGAUCUCACCAGGCUCACGAAGCAAGUCGAAGAUGACAUUUUCGGCCGCCUGCUAAUGGAUGUACGGGGUGGGAAGCUUGAUGUGUCUCACGAAAACGCGUACAUUCGACUGACGGCGAGGUACCGUCCGGGAACGGAUGCCAUGGGCCUCAGGAAUUUUGCAGCUAUGGCUUCGAAAUUUCUCGACCGCAUGGAGACUUAG